AUGAUAUCAAUCGGAGAACUUGGGCUCGCUCAACCGGGUAUUCAAACCACAAACUGUCGAGGGAACGAUAUCAAUCGCAGAAAUAAAUUGCGCAGUCUUUGUAGCAAAACUUUCCUGGAAAUAACGGCUCCGAUAGGGAAAUACAGCAUCAGCUAUUCAACAACACUCUACUGGGGAAAACCAAUCAUAGCCUCAAAGGCUUCCAAGGACUCGGCUCUCUUGGGGAUUUGCCAGCCCGACUGUGGUAAAAGGAACCAUCCUGCUUACUGGGGAAGAGUACAACUCUGUGGGGAAUUUCAAUUCUCCAGGAGACUUCAGUCUGGACUACCGGAAGCUGCAUACUUGCGAGUAGUCUUCUACGAAAACUGCACUUUGACCCAUAAAUCGUCACUAAUAAGUUUCUGUUUUAAUGCAAUUUGUAAAUAG